AUGGCAGCAAACCAGACUUUGUAUGUAAACAACCUCAACGACAAGAUCAAUGUCGAGACUCUCAAGAAAUCUUUGCGGGAGGUUUUUGCAGCCUUCGGUGGCAUCAUCGACAUUAUCGCCAUGAAGUCGUUGAAGCGAAGAGGGCAGGCUUGGAUCAUCUUCAAGGAGGUCGCAGCUGCGACAAAUUCUUUGAAGUCUUUGCAGGGCUUCCCCUUCUACAACAAGCCAAUGCGCAAGACUCUUGGUUUGUAG